AUGGCUCGCUCUCUCUCGGGUGCUGCUGCUCUCGCGGCAUCUCUCUCCGACAGCAUCACCCUCUUCGUGAACAGGCGGGGAUACGCUGCAGCAGCGGCGGCUGUGGGAAGACCGGCGGAAAAGAAACCGGUGGUGCGGAAGGUGGUCGACUCCUCGACUGCCGCCGCCUCUGGUUCGUCCAAUUCCUGGAUCCCGGAUCCGGUGACCGGGUACUACAGGCCCACCAACUUCCGGGUGCAGGAUGCGGCCGAGCAGCGCGAGAUGCUUCUCUCCUACAAGCAAUGA